AUGUCAGGAUGGAAUGAGACCUACAAUGUCUCCUACACUGACUUCUUCUUGGUAGGCUUCCCAGGGCUUCAGGAGACCCGGUCCCUCCUGAUCCUUCCAUUCUCCUGCAUAUACUUGGUGAUCCUCUCAGCCAAUGCCCUGGUCGUCUACACUGUGGUGGCCCAGAGAAGCCUACACCAGCCCAUGUAUGCACUCAUUGCUCUGCUCCUGACAGUCAAUGUCUGUGCCGCUACAGCUGUUGUGCCCACCAUGCUCUUUAGCUUCUCUACCCGCUACUACCGUAUUUCUCUUUCCUGCUGCCUCAUCCAAAUGUUCUCUAUCUACUUCCUCAUCGUCUUUGACUGCAACAUCCUCCUGGUCAUGGCGCUAGACUGCUAUGUGGCCAUCUGUUAUCCACUGCGUUAUCCAGAAAUUGUGACAGGGCAGCUGUUAGCAGGGUUGGUGGGCUUAGCGGCAAUGAGGAGCACAUGCAUCGUUGCCCCUGUGGUGGUACUGGCCUCAAGAGUACGCUUCUGUCGCUCCAACAUCAUCCGUCACUUCACCUGUGAGCACAUGGCUCUGAUGAAGCUAUCCUGUGGGGACAUCUCACUCAACAAGACAGUGGGGCUUGCAGUCCGAGUCUUCAACCGGGUCCUAGACAUGUUGCUGUUGGCCACCUCCUACACACGUAUCAUCCAUGCUGCUUUCCGGAUCUCCUCUGGAGGAGCUCGCUCCAAGGCCCUGAACACAUGUGGCUCCCACCUGCUGGUCAUCUUCACUGUCUAUACCUCUACGCUUUCCUCUUCCAUCGUCUAUCGUGCAGCCCGCACUGCCUCCCAGGAUGUGCACAACCUGCUCAGUGCCUUCUACUUACUGCUCCCCUGCCUUGUCAACCCUGUUAUCUACGGAGCCAGAACCAAGGAGAUCCGGCAACACCUGGUCAAGAUAUUCCAGAGAGCAGGAGUCCAGGCCCCUUCUGAAAAAAAUCCAUCCUUACCUCCACAAAGAGAGCUUCCUUCAUAA